AUGUCCGAUUUUGGUAGAAAAGAUAUUGGUGAUAAAGUUGAAUCUAAAUUGACUCCAGAUUCUCAAAAAUCCACUCCACAACAAUUUGCUGACAAGGCUACUGAUGCUCUUGACAGUGCUGCUGGUAAAGGUACUUCUGAAAACGACAAAUCGUUUGUCCAAAAGGCUUCUGAUGCUAUCUUUGGUGAUUCUUCCAAGUAA